AGUACUACUUUUGAAAAAUGGCUGUGGACUUUGCUUACGAUUUUAAAAUAAUUUUAUUUAUUAUUUCAAUAUUCUUGCUAUCGCAAUGCAAUGGAAAUGAUAUUUUAGGAUGUGGAGGAUUUGUGAAAAGCCAUGUUAGCUUGGAUUUCUCUAAAAUUGAAAUCGGACUUUACACCAAAUCAGGAAUUUUGAAAGAGAAGACUGAAUGUGCCCCAAAUAAUGGGUAUUACUUCUUGCCACUUUACGAGAAAGGAGAAUACAUCUUAAAGGUCCAUCCUCCCGCUGGAUGGAGUUUCGAACCUUCCCAAGUGGAGCUGACAAUAGACGGAGUUACUGAUCAAUGUUCAACAAGCCAAGAUAUUAAUUUUUCAUUCAAUGGAUUUGGAAUUACCGGAAAGGUGAUCACAGCUGGUCAACAGAAGGGCCCGGCGGGUAUUUCAGUGCAGUUGGUAGAUAAUAAGGGAGAAGUGAGGGACACCGUAACAUCAGUUGGUGGGGACUUCCAUUUUACCCCAAUUAUUCCGGGAAAAUAUACUGUAAAGGCUUCUCAUCCAAGGUGGAAGUUAGAUCCUUCCCAAGCUGUAGUGCAGGUCAAGGAAGGUAACACGGCCCUGCCUGUGGGCGUGCUGGCCGUCAAAGGUUACGAUGUGAGGGGCUCCGUCACCGCAUUCGGCUCUGCUAUUGGUGGAGUCUACGUUCUUUUGUAUUCUAAAGAGGCAAGUCCCAAGUUCCGAGUGGAGGGCUGCAACACAGCGAUGUUACAAGGAUUACCGGACUCUAAGGACUCUCCGAUAUGCCACACUAUCACAGAUUCCAAUGGGGAAUUCACCUUUGGUUUAGUACCUGCUGGAGAGUACAAACUCAUGGUACUCCCGACGCCACCAGGACAAGUGACAUAUAUCAUGAAGCCAGAACAAGUGCCGUUCACCGUGCUUCAUGAUAGCAUUUAUAUCAAGAACGCCUUCGAGAUAACAGGUUUCACCCUGGCGAGCUCUGCGCGCUCCGCAGUGGGUGCGGACGUGAGCGGAGCCCAAGUGCUACUGGACGGGCGGGCGGUCGCCAAGACAGAUGCUGAUGGAAAGUUCACAUUGACCAAUCUACAGCCUGGGACUUACGCGAUGAGAUUACAACAUGAAACUUCAACACACGACACGCAACUGUCGGUGACUCAAGCGGGCCGCAUCCGCGUGGCGGGCGACGCGGAGUCCAAGUGGCGCGUGUGCGGCUCUGUCACCCCCGCACAGGCGCGGGGCGUGAGCAUUACUGACACCAAGAGAAAUAAGGUCAUACCCAUCACGCCUGGGGAUGAUGGUAAAUGGUGUAUCUUCCUGUCAGCCGGUGCGUACAUAGCGCAAGUGGUCGUGAGCGAGCAAGAACAGAGAGAUGGACUGCAAUUCUACCCACUCUCCCAUAAGUUGCUAGUCAAAGACUCUGCCAUAGAAGACAUAUCUUUCUCCCAACUCAAGGGGGAGCUCACAGGCAGGAUUGUGUGUUCGUCUGCUCUGUGCGACCUCCUCACCGUCACGCUGCGCCCUCUGUCGGCAGACGGCGGGUACGUCGGAAAACCACUCACUUUGAACGCUAAAGACGGCAAAUACAAAUUCGUUGACGUCCUACCGGGCAGUGUGGAAAUCUCAGUGCCUCACGACAGGCUCUGUUGGCAAGACUCCACUCACAACGUGGUGCUAACUCAACAACACGCCACUGUACCUGAUUUCGUUCAUACUGGAUAUGUGCUUAAGUUCCAUAGCUCUCAUGAUGUACAGGUGGACUACAAAUCGUCUAAAUCAUCCGGGUCUCUGUCCAUCCCGCGGGGCUCUAGCCAGCAGUGCGUGCGCGAGGCGGGCCGCUACCAGCUGACGCCGCGCGGCUGCCACCGCUUCCGGCCCGCCAGCAUCUACGCCGACACCGCUGAUGCUGAGACGAUUCACUUCGAGGCCGUUUCGCACGCGGUCGUGGUACGGGUGACGUCGCCGGAGCCGGCCCAGGAUCUGAAGCUGAGGGUCACCAUGGACGCCGCGGGCACCACCGACGUGGGACCCUUGGAACCCAAACCCAUGCCCACUGGCGGAUACGUGUAUGAACAUACAUUGUAUAUGGCUGAUGGCGAAGUGGGCACCGUGCACGCUGUUUCGUCCAGCCUGCUGAUGGAGGGCGCGCCGGCGCAGCUGCGGGGCGCGCGCGACUGCCAGCCCGGCGCCGCGCUGCUGCGGGCCGUGCGCGCGCGCACGCUGCGCGGCCGCCUGCUGCCGCCCGUGCCCGGCGCCACGCUCACGCUCGCCAGCGACGACUUCAAACUCGUCCAAACGACGACAUCCGACGGCACCUACCGCUUCGGACCGUUGGACGCGUCAAAGAAAUACACCAUCACCGCUGAGAAGGAGUCCUACGUGUUCAGCGAGCCCGACGAGCGCGGCGACAUCCGGGCGCACAAGCUGGCCGAGAUCACUGUGGAGCUGCUGGACGAGGCUGAUGGGGCUCCGUUGCAGGGAGCCCCGGUGUCAGUCAGCGGCGGCACGUACCGGCGCGUGCUGGCGGCGGGCGAGGACGGCCGCGCCCGCUUCACGGCGCUGCAGCCGGCCGAUUACUACAUCAAGCCCCACGCCAAAGAGUACAGGUUCAAUCCCCAGCAUCAGGUGCUGAAGGUCGCCGACGGGCAGAACCAGAAGCUCACGCUGAAGGGCCGGCGCGUGGCGUGGUCGUGCGUCGGCACGGUGUCGUGGCUGGGGCGCGCGGGCGUGGCGGGCGCCGCGCUGGCCGCCACGCCCGCGCCGCCCGCCGCGCCCUGCCCCGCGCAGGACGCCACUAGCGACGCCGCCGGCGGCUUCAGAAUCCGAGGUCUCCUACCAGGAUGCGUGUAUAAAAUCGAGCUUAAAGAGUCUACUAAUCCAGAGUUAGCCGGUUUGAGACUGGUCAAAGCACCUGCUUCGUUAGAGGUGAAAGACAACAAGGACAUUGUGAACGUGAAGAUCAUCGUCAUCCAACCUCAGCAGCUGACUGAUGUCAACGUACUGGUCCAUGCGCCCAAUAUAGAACACUACAAGACCUUAAGAUUGACCCUAGCCGCCGAAUCUACACCAAACACGCCCAUAUACUCGACGAAACUGGAUCCGACCGGUUAUAACCAGUUGUUGAACCCAGGACUGAUGUAUGUCCUGCCCAGGUUGCCGGCGGAUAAUAAGACUUAUGUGUUACAAUUAGAGUCCACUUUGUCCAAAGCGACGCAUGUUUAUAGCGACGAAGUACAUUAUUUCGUAUCAGAUGGUAAAUUCAAGAGUUUUGAUAUCGAGUUCGCUCCUAAGGUGAAAUUAUCUGAGCAAGAGUUACGGCAGACCUCAUUCCUAGUGGUGCCCUUGCUGAUAGCUUUAGCUGUCGCCUACCACCGGCGGGACGCCCUCUGUUCCCAGGCGGGAAUUCUCGCGGGAACGCUGUCGGCGCGCCUCGCCGCCCACCCCGCGAGACAGCGCGCCGAGCGACCGGAUCUGCUGGACAAAGCCAGCAUCGACCACAUAGUGUCCACGGUCAACGCCGCCGGCAAGAGAUCCAGUAAGAAGAAACAGUGAGAUAUCUUAUAUAUAAAAUUCUCGUGUCACAAUGUUUGUCUCCGUACUCCUCCGAAACGGCUUGACCGAUUCUCAUGAAAUUUUGUGAGCAUAUUGAGUUGAGGUCUGAGAAUCGGCCAACAUCUAUUUUUCAUAACCCUUAGUGAUAAGGGUUGUCCACACUUAACAUUUUUUUUUAACCAAACAUAGUUAAUAGUUAUUUAUAUGGUAAAACAACGUUUGCCGGGACAGCUAGUUUUGUAUAUAACUGUAGAAAAAUACAUA